AUGUCGGAAAGUGGGUCCAGGACCAAAGACCCCUUACAGAAGCCACAUGAUUGGCUGAUGAGCACCAGGAUGCCAGAAGAACUGACCAGCAAUUACCCCAGAUGCAACUCUGACACCCUAACACAUACACCAGAUCAAACCUGCCUUAACAGCUGGGUCUCAACCAGCUCCCACAAGUACAGGACCAGCUAUGUGGAGCGGAGUUUGUUGCUAUGGCAAUUAGCACUACACAGUAUACUUACAUUGAGACUACAGCUCCACAAUAUACUCUACGGAUUGACAGCACUGUAACGAGAAUAUACCCCUACACGCAGGAUCCAGCUAAACAGAGGCAAAUACAGAGGAGAGAUACGUCUACCGGACCUUAGAAUGGCCGGACUCGACGUAUAUGAGAGGAGACAGAGCCAGGAACAAACCGAGGUCAAGGGCACAGAGAGACAGCGUAAACUAGGACAAGCCGGGGUCUGGUACACGGAAAACAGCAAGCCGGCAAACAGUACAGAUAAGGAUAAAGCGAAAACGAAGUCAGAAUACGAAGCCAAAGUCAAUACGAGAAAACACAACUGAACACCACAAGCGCUAAAGGGAACUGAAACAGAAACCACGAUAGGGCAACGAGCUAAGGGAAAAAGGUAAGUUAAAUAGCUUUUAAACCAAAGUGAUUGGCUCCUGUCACUUCCACACCCCCUAUAGGUAAUUGUAUAGGGAGUGUGGUAUGACAGGAGCCAAUGGGAGCCUUUUGGCAAUUAGGCUCCCACUGUCUCUUUAAGAGCGCGCCCGAGACUCGCGGCGCGCUCUUAGUUUCAGGCGGGACACGUGACCGCUUCACGCGGUCACUGCCCGCCUUCCAUCUGAAGCAGUCGGAUGAGCCGCGCGCGGCUCGUGCAGCCGCAGGACCGCGCGCGGCUUGAAGAGAGGACCGCGACCGGCCCCCGGUUAAGGUAAGUAACGCUACAAGCACAGAGUGUAUUUACAUUGAGACAGCAACAACCAGUGGCGUACCUACCUCAUUUCAGGGGUCCCGGCCACAGUCGCGACCCCUGUGACCGUGGGCCCCCUGGAUACCUUCUGGGCCAGUGCACAGCCACACCGGCCCAGGUCUGCGGGUGUCUGGCAGGAGGGGAGAGCUAUGCUGCUCCCCUCCUGCCUGUGUGUAGCAUGGCCGAGCAGUCUGUCAGGAAGUGCUCACUUAGAGCACUCGCCGUCUCUACUGGGACAAAGGCGCCCCCCUCCCACCCACACUGAAGCCCCACUGGACCCCAGGGACAGAUCCAUGCCAGCUCUCCAGGUAGGGGGGGCUGGCUGGAUAUUUUUAAAUGUAAAAAAUAUGAAUAAUUUGUGUGUGUCUGUGAGUGUAUGUGUGUAUGUCUAAGUGUGUGUCUGAAUGUGUGUGUGUGUCUGUGAGUGUAUGGGUGUGUGUCUGUGUGUUUAUGUCUGUGAGUGUGUGUCUGAGUGUGUGUGUGUGUAUGUCUGUGAGUGUGUGUCUGAGUGUGUGUGUGUGUCUGUUAGUGCAUGUGUGUUUCUGUAUGUAUGUAUGUGUGUGUCUGUAUGUGUAUCUGUUUGUUUGCAUGUGUGGGGGGGCGGGAACGUAUGGGGGGGUGAGGACUUAUGGGGUGGGAGGUAGAUGUAUGGGGGGACCCCAGGGCAAUUUUCGCUCCGGGGUCCCGUGGUUUCUAGUUACACCUCUGGCAACUACACAACAUAAACUUUGACUAGAUAACACACUGUAACUAUUCUGAGAGUGCAACUACACAAAUUAUUUAUUGUUACUAUUUGUUGUCACUAUAGUACUCAUAGAAUAGUGAUAACAACUAUACAACACAUGCCAGUGUAUGGUGGAUAUGGAUAAUCAUAUACUAAACUUGUUUGAUGGUGUACUUGUACAACACACAUUGUACAUGAAACUGAAGCUACACACACACACACACACACACACACAAACACAUAUCUAUCUCUCUAUAUAGAUUUAUGCCCACAACAAACACAUAGCUCUAAAACCCUGGAUUUUUACAAAUUAAAUCAGAAUGGGAAAAAAAGAAGUAAAACAGCUGAUCUGGAAAAAUUCUACAAUUUCCUCAUUGUCACAACUUGGCUCAGUCUUUCCAUUUGGAUUUAAUUCACAAACAUUCUGAGUUUUGAUGAAUAACCUUAAAUGUGUUUUAAAGGUCACAUCAAGAAACUAAGACUAUACAUUCACAACAUUUACACUGGAGCGUCUUUAUACACAACACAAUUCUGCAAAAACCUGAAGCUGCAAAUAUACUACAAUUACAAAAAAAAUUGGCAUUAUAGCCAACACACACAAGAACUACACAACACCUUACAAAACUGCGGCUCUGGACGCACAGCAAUUACACAUAAUUGUUUACACUUUGUGUCUACACAACACAUACUCAAAUAAGGCUAAACAUACACAACACUUGCACAAGAAAUGUUUACGCAAUAUAAUCUGAGGCUAUACAAGACUUUAUGAAAAUUAAAAAAAACAAUAUGUAGAGUGUGAUUCACAAUAUGCAAUGGGACAACACAAAAGAUAUAAAAAACAAUGCUAUGUAUACAAACCACAGCAUUAUAAUUGUACACAACAUGCGUUGUGACUAAACAACAAGCCAUGAAACAAAUACCAUCCAUAUACAAUGAAACAGUUACGUCACUCCACACUACACUCUAAACAAUUUGCAGUAUAAUUAAGCAAUUAUUGUGAAUACACAACACAGUGAAAAAACAUUUAUAUUUAAUGUGACUAUAUAAAAAACAGAUUGUAUUGUGAUGCUAGAUUAUGAACUUAUAAAUUACACACUGUGACAAAUAUAUACAAUCAUUGCACAUGCCAAGUUUGCUAUACAACAAACGGUGUAUACACUGGAAAUUCAAUACACAACAAAUCGCACAAAACAGGACUGGUUACACACUUCUUGUGCACAUUCUUCUCAACACAACUAACACAAAAAUAACGUUAAACAAAAGGUAAAAUAAUUAGCAAAACAAAGUACACACACAGAAUUAGGCACCCCCUACCCACACAGGCACAAACUGCAGUAACACACCCACACACUGCAACAACAGUGCCGCACUGCGACAAACAGAUAUACACACAGAUAGUCACAACUAACACAGCAAACAUUUUGUAUAAAGUAUAUAUAAACCAUCCGAAAAAGUACAGAUUUAAUAACACGGCUUAAGAGAUGACACAAAAUGGUUAAUGCUCUGAAUGUAAGUAAAUUCAUUAUUUAAAUGAUCACUGUGCCUGACAUGUAUAGGGUUAAUAGUCAAAAUCCUUCUGACUCUCCAAAGAGUGAUAAAAAAAAUGAUGUGUGACUGGUGAGGUUUGAGAUAAGCUUCAGAUGCCCAGAAAGUAUUUGGGAAAUGGAGCAAUGCCCUGCAAGGGUGCUAAUAAAAGGGGUUAAAGAAUAAAUCUCAGGUUAAGGUGAAAUGAGAUGCAUAUCUCGGGCAGGAUAAGGGAUAAAUGAAUAUAAAGCGUCUCGGAUUUACAGGAGCUUUUCAAAUAAGUGACGGGAAAAGGUUAUUUGAAUGAUACACUUCAAAGGUUUCUUCAAGGAAACAUUAAAAUGAUGAUUGUGUCAGGAGUCUACGUGCCACAUCGAUGUUUCUCCCCUAUGGCAUUGAUGAGGUUUACUAUAUCUUAGCUUACGAAGGUUAAAGGGAUGGUUUCUACUGCUUUAUAUCACAUAAGGGUUAAGGAGAAUGGUGGUCUGCUUGGAGUGAGCGGAGGACAGAUAAAUGGAAUAAUUUGGCAGUGAAGGGGUUAACUGCUCGAUAAACUGACGAUUUCUGUAGAAGAAUUGAAGGUGACAUAUUUAUCGGCAAUGACAGGCGCUAAAGAAGUGACACCCGUAGGCCAUUGGGUAUAGAUAAAUAGUGGAAGUGCACUCAACCCUUCGUCAAGGGAUCCAGGGUGCUCCAAUGGACAAGUCCCAGUACCAAAAUGGACCAAAUGUAAAAUUGUUAAAUGUAGAAAAUAAUCCAGGCACUCCAACGAAUUCCAAAAUAUAGGCAAUUUUAUUUAGAACCAGGCGCUACACAGCAAAGUUUCGACCGCUUAGAGCCUUUAUCAAGCGUAUGCCAUUAUCAUGGGUACGAGGGGUUAAUAUGGUGGUAGAUUACAUUAAAGAAGAAUCCUGCUCUGUAGUCCUUUGGCAGGAAUAAAUGCAAGGGAGAAAUAUCUUACAGGUUUUUGGCAAAAAUGGAGCUAAAUGGAUGAAGUUUUACUGUCCCCUCGUAUGAAAAGGAGAUCAUCAAGUGAAUCUUGGAAGAGAUCUGUUAGAAAAGGAACAUGCUCAAAAGGGAUGUGUUAGUGAGGAGGUUAAGGGGCUAAGGGUCUCUAGGGGUUAAAAGAUUAGUAAUAAGAGACAAUAUUUCUGAAAAGGAUUUAUAGGAGGGAUACUAAAAGGGAAUCUGUUGGGAAAGAGUUUAGGGGAGAGUAGUCCAGAGUGAAUUCUUUGAGAACCUAUUAAGGAACUUAAAAAGGUUCUGUAAAUAACGGUGUCAGGAAUGAUGCAUGUAAGAAAUCUAUCGUGAAAAAUGUAUGUCACAGGGUUCUAAUAGAUUCGACAAUAAAAGGGUUACAGGUGCGAGGCUUAGUGUGAUGCUCACAUGUGAAAUAUCGGGUUAACCCCUUAAGGACCAAACUUCUGGAAUAAAAGGGAAUCAUGACAUGUCACACAUGUCAUGUGUCCUUAAGGGGUUAAAAAGCUGUUGUUCAGAAGGAAUUCUUUGAGAACCUAUUAAGGUACUGAAGGAUAAAAAGGUUCUGUAAAUAACGUUGUCGGGAAUGAUGCAUGUAAGAAAUAGAUCAUCAAAAAUGUAUGUCACGGUAAAAGGGUUACAUGUGUGAUGCUUACAUGGGAAAUAUACAUAUAGGGUUAUAUAUGAUAUGUAUUGAUCCUGAUUCACAUAAGAUAUGUAUUGAUCCUGAUGAAAGUCCUGGACAUAGGACUGAAAUGUUGAUGGUGAUUUUAAUGAUUUAAAAUAAAGACUGGACUUUUUAACCCUGUGAGUGCUGCUACCUCUUUGGAUACAUAUAUAUAGGGUUAAAUAGCCAUUGUUCAGAAGGAAUCUGGGAGCAAAAGCAUAAAGAACGUGAUAGUAUGAAAGCAUGUGGCUGUAUAGUGAUUAGUUGAAACAUACUCAAUAGACUUAUAAAGGUCAACAAAGGGUUAAGGGUGAAAUGCCAAGAACAGGUCUGUCAGGGGUUAGUAAAGGGGUUAAGGGAAUAAUAGUUGUAUUAGAUGUCAGUAAAGGGGUUAAAAAGUGAAGAUUUAAAAAAAUGUUUGUAAGGGGUUAAAGGAAUCCUGUACUCACGUCAGUGAACGGGUUUAAAAAAGUGAUGUUUAGAAAACAUCUGUCUGUAAAGAAGGAAGUUAAAGGAAUCACACCCAAAAGGGAUCAGCACAUGAUGGGGUUAAAAUGAUAAUGCUAAGGCUGGAUCUUUGUUUAUUAUGGGAAUCAGCAUAUGUGGAAUCUAGUGGUAAAGGGGUUAAAGGAUUGAUGCUACAAAAAGGAACUACUAGAGAGUUAAAUGGAUUGUUGUCAAAAAGCAUAUGUAAGAGAAAGAGUUAAAAUUCAUGAUUCUGAAAAGAUGUCCUGGUAAGAAGACUAAAGGAAUUAGAAAUGAUCUGUCAGUGAAGGGGUUAAAUUAGUGUUGCUAAGAAAAGAUCUGUCAGUAAGAGGACAAAGACAUUCAUACUCUGCUGGAAUCUGUCACGGACCGGAAAUGUUCUGUGACAUAGGGGGUUAAAAGAAUCGUGGUCAGAAGGGAUCUAACAGUGAAAGGGUUAAGAAAGUAAUCAUAAAAAAAAUAGUUUAAGAGAUGGCUGUCCAAAGGAAAUCUUUCAGGAAAGUAUUCAAUAUAGUGGUAUCGAGAAAGGGUCUGGCAAUUGGGUGGAUUUAUGGACUGAUGUGGAUAAAUACUGUAUUUUUUCACGGAGGUUUAGGGUGAUAGAAAAGAUUGAUCAUGAAAGGGGUAAAAUAAAUCAUCAUCAGAAGGGAUCUGUUACUAAAAAGUUAAAAAUCUGAUCCCCAAAAUGAUCUGUCAGUGUUGAAGUGAAAUGACUUAUCUUCAGAAGGGAUAUUUCAAUGAAGGAGUAGAGUAAUUUCUUCUAAGAAAGGGAUUCAGGAAGGAGAUAGGAAAACAUGUUCAGGUGGGAUCCGCACGAAAAGGGUUAAAAUAAAACUGAUUCCAAGAAAGUAGUUGUUAGUAAGAAGAAAAAAAUCAUGAGAACAAUAGAUGAUGGCAGAAAAGAGGUUAGAAUGUCAAUUUUCUAAAUGUCUAAACAAUGAAGAGGCUGAGAUGUUACUGAGAAAUAAAAUAAUUUAGGGAAGUGAUGCUCUGUGGAGCUGUAAUAGGAAAGUGAUAUUUUAGUGAAUUCAGCUCUGUGACCGUGGUAACAGAACAGUUAAAUGAAUUAUACUUUGUAUAUAUAUGUCUAAUAAGCAAAAUGCAUGAGAGGAUUUGUUAAAUAAUGAACUACAAGGGGUUAAUGUGUCAAUUGUCUCAUCCGUGACUAUUUCAGAUUGAGAUUUAACAGAGCUAAAGGGACCAGGCACAUUACCUCUGGUGCCACGGGUAUCAUGGAAUGACUUAAACAAGUCUGGGGCAGAAAAUGGCUAAAAAUGGAAAAAGACUCUAGGUGUUGCUAUGCACUGCAAGUCUUCAAAUAACGAAGAGGUUAAGUGGAUUUACGUUUGGCAGAUUUGUACAUCAAAAGACAAGUUAAGUGAGCAAGAUAAUAGGCAGUGAAAAUGUUGAAAAAAAUAUAUAAUGUAUCACAUGUUCCCUCUUACCUUCAUGACAGGGACUUACCAAAUGUGUUACCCCUCCCAUCUCACUCCCAGACUGAAGAGAUAAUAGCACCUGCAGAGAGAUGACUGUCAUCUAUAGUAAUGGAUGGUUAAAAAAAAAAAAAGUGGGUGAGAAUGAAUGUGAGUUUGUGUGAGUAAAAGAAAGAAGGGAGCACAAUGGUGGUAAGAAUUAAGGAGAAAGAAUGUAAAAAGGAAGGCAGCAACAGGGAGUAAAAGAGGAGAAAUAAUAAAAGUAUUUAAAGCCAGAAGUGAUGAGGGGGAAAGGAUGAAUGAAAGAAUAGAUGUUACAGUAUAGGUGUUAGAAUGGAGGCAAACAAACCUUUCAACUGGUAAAACAAGAGUGAGUUAAGAGGACAAAGAAAGGGCAUGGAAUGAGUGAGUGAAAGAAGGAGGGAAAGAGAAAAGAAUGAAUGAGCAAGGUAAGGAAUGACAAUUUGGGGAUAAGUGGUGGUGAAAUAGGACUGGGGAAAGGGGGAAUAAUGGAUAAUGUGAGAAUAGAGGGUGAAGGAGAAAGAUGUUAUCAGUGAUAAGGAUGAGUUGGCUAAGGGAAGAAGUGUAGAUGAUAAAUGGGAAGGUGAAUGGACUAAAGCAAGAAAGGAAAUGUGCACUAUGAAAAGGAGAUGAAAUAUAUGACUCAUCCACAGGAGACUAAACAAGGGAGGAGGACGGGAAUGAGAAAUGGAGGCAGAGAGAGAAAGAUGGAAAGAUUUCUGAGAUAUGGAUUUGAAACAAAGGGUAAAUAAACAAAGAGAUGAUUAGUAGGCAAGAGAUACAGGAAAGUGAUAAUAAUGGGGGAUAAUUGGGAUAAAUUGAUAUCAGCUGAGGAGUGAUAAAGAAAGGAGGUGAGGGAGAGGGGUUAGGGAUAAAGAGGAAUACAUUUGUUUUCUAUACAGAAAAGUUAGAAAGGGUGUCUAGCAGUGUGUCAAUACCAUCUAAAACAAUCAUCUCCCCUCCAUUCCAGCACAGUGACCCAGAACUGAUUACAUGGAACCAUCAACAACAUAAUAGGUAUUUGUCCUUGCUCUCCUCCCUCACCCCUUUCACUAUCUGUCAUUCCCAGGCCUGCUUCUCCACUGGAGAUAGACGCAAAUAGUGACGUCACCAGCCAGUUUCUCUUCCUCUCAUCUGCAAAUGACAAUCAGAGAGAGAGAGGGAGAGAAGGAAAGAAACGAGGAGGGAGGAGGGAGGAGAGUAGUGAUUCAUACACUGGGUCCCUAAAAUGUAUAUAUAUGUGUGUGUGUGCAAUCUUCCAUGUCUGCAUACCUAUAAUCAAACUGUCAGUUAGUCUAUCUAUCUAUCUAUCUAUCUAUCUCUCACUAUCUAGCUAGUUACCUGUCUGUCUGUCUAUGAUAUGUUUGUCUGUCUGUCUAUGAUGUUUUUUCUAUAUGCCAAUCUGUAAUAUGUCUGUUUUAUUUUCUAUUUAAAAACAUAGUUAGAGAGACAGAGAGAGAGAGAGAGAGAGAGAGAGAGAGAGAAGAGAAACAUGCAUUUACAGACAGGUAACAGUUGAGUAUGUGGACAGAAAGGAUGUACACAGGAGAUAACAUGAAGAUUGACAGCCUGAACCAAAGAGUGGGCAUCUGAUGAGGAUAAGGAGAGACAGAGAAAGAUAUAUCAGAGGUAAAAGAAAGGUGAGAGAAUCCAGUCUUAAAUAAGACACAGAAGACUGAAAUACAAAUACAGUGUUAGAGUUAAGGUCACAUAAUAAGGAAUGUUGUACAACAGGUAGAUUUAACUUAUUUCAUACAUUAAUUUGGUUUUUUACGUCGCUGUAUGUUUAUGUCUGUUCUCUAUGUGUGUGCCUGUCACUGUGUGUGUGUGUGUGUGUGUGUCUGUCUGUUUUCUAUGUAUGUGUAUGUCACUGUAUGUUUAUGUUUGUUCUCUAUGUGUGUGCCUGUCACUGUGUGUGUGUGUGUGUGUGUGUGUGUGUGUGCGUGUGUGUCUGUCUGUUCUCUAUGUAUGUGUAUGUCUGUUCUCUAUGUGUGUGUGUCACUGUAUGUUUAUGUCUGUUCUCUGUGUGUGUGUCACUGUAUGUUUGUGUUUGUUCUCUAUGUGUGUGCUUGUCACUGUGUGUGUGUGUGUGUGUGUGUGUGUGUAUAUAUAUAUCUGUUCUCUAUGUGUUUGUGUAUUUCACUUUAUGUUUAUGUAUUUUCUGUGUGUGUGUAUGUCACUGUAUGUGUAUGUCUAUUCUCUAUGUGUUUGUGUAUUUCACUGUAUGUUUAUGUUUGUUGUCUCUGUGUGUGUAGGUCACUGUAUGUUUAUGUCUGUUCUGUGUAUGUGUCACUGUGUGCAUGUCUUUUCUCUAUGUGUUUGUGUAUUUCACUGUAUGUUUAUGUAUUUUCUGUGUGUGUGUGUGUGUGUAUGUCACUGUAUGUGUAUGUCUAUUCUCUAUGUGUUUGUGUAUUUCACUGUAUGUUUAUGUUUGUUGUCUCUGUAUGUUUAUGUAUUUUCUGUGUGUGUGUGUGUGUAUGUCACUGUAUGUGUAUGUCUAUUCUCUAUGUGUUUGUGUAUUUCACUGUAUGUUUAUGUAUUUUUGUUAUGUGUAUGUUUGUCGGUUUUGCCAUUUACAUGCCCUUUAUAAUAGAUACAAUAUCACGUUAUCUAGCUAUGUAUCUAUCUAUCCCCAUACCAUCACGUACAUACAUACAUUGUUAUACAGCUCACAUAUGUGUCUGGCUCUGCAGCAGCCAAUCACCAGCUUCCUGCAGCCUGGAGUAAAUCUGGAACAUUCAUUCAUGAUUUUUUUUUUCUAUUCUCCAUUGACUCAUUCAUGUUUUUUCCCCCUCUCCCUUCCAUUCACCCUCCCUCCUUCCCUCCCCAUUCACUCCCAGCAGGUCGGCUCCGCGCAUGCGCAGCCCCGCUCCCCCUCACCUCCAGCCAGGGCAGGAUUCUUAUGAAUGAACAUUGACGUCAGAGAGGGCGGGUCCGGGCGUGAUGGUGAUCAGCACGUGAUAAGAGGGGCUGGGUGGGUAUUUAAAGCGGCCGCCGCUGUCCCUGGUGCUGAAAACUGCUUCAGAGGCAACAACAGUGGGAGAGAGCUCAGAGAGACAGAGAGAGACAGACUCAGCACCCAGAGACUGCACUGAGAGACAGACACAGCACUCAGAGACUGCACAGAACAAGUGAGACAUCCCCAUGGGGAUUUGGGGGGAUUUAAAUUGAUUAUUGGUGGGCAGUGAGGGAGGGGGGCUUCUAAAAAUACCCCACAGGUCCCUUUAAUAUCUCUGAAUGGACAUCACACUGUACAAUGCAAUAUUAGCUGUAUAGUGACCCUCUUAUUAUUGUGUUUAAAGACAUCAUUAGAAUGUUGCAUAGCACCACACAUUUCAUGUUUAACUUAAAAAUCAUAUUAGUGCAAAACUUGAUUUACCUAUAUCUUGGCAACAAAUGUUUUUCGUACAAUUCUCUCCGUACAGUAAGAUGCAUGAUGUAGAUUGAAAUGUUUUGUGAUCUCCUCCACCUGUAUAUGUUUGUGUAACUAAUGAUACAAAAUGUAUACACACCUUUUAAAUAAUGCCUAUAUACAUUUAACAAAAUAUACAUAUUUUUUGCUAUAUAUAGGUGUGAGGGUAAUAUAUAUUAUACAUAAUUAUAUUCAUGUUUCAAAGAUUCCUUUAAUGUAUCCAUUAUAUAUAUAUAUAAAUAUGCUCCUGUUUGAAAAAGAAUUGAAAUCAGAAAAGAAAAUUAAAGUAACGUAAGAACUGUGAACAAAAAUAUAUGUAAGAGUCUAAAUUCUGGGAAGGGUUAAUUAACAGUAAGGCAUUCUGAAUUUGGAUAGUGGAGCGCAGCGCUUCAUGUAAUGCACUUGUUAUAUCUCUGUAUCUCUGGCUAUUAUAUUUUUAUUGUGCUUGAAAUAGCCUCGCUAAAUAUUAUAGCCGUGCUAUAUUUGAAGGCUUACAUAGCUAUUUAAAUGAGUGGGUUUUGAAAUUAGAUAUAACUUCUGUAUUAAUGAUUUAUUGUCAGCGAGUGCAUUGCUUUUUCGGAGCGAGGGAAACGCACGCUUUUUUGGCAAGUCUUUAUUUGGCUGGUGACUAUAGAGAUCAUAUUGAAUCAAAUCUUAGAACAACCCAUGAGAUUCAUUCUUGAUCACAUUCUAACAAAAUCCCAGUUGGGUUUACUGACUAAAACUGGGAAUAAAUGGAAAACUUACAGUAAAAAAUAUAUAUAUAAAACCUAGCCAAUUUGUAUUCUCUCCGGCAAAACACUUUUAUAAACAGAUACAUUAAUUCAUUAAUCAAAGGACCACUCAAACUAUAAGAAAAAAAAAAGUGAUAUUUAGAACUAAAUUAAUAUUACACCUGCCUAAUUUGUGGAGGGGAUAAGAGGAAAAACCCGCUACCACUUGAAGAUACUAGAGCGCAUUUGAUGUAAUUUAAUGAGUUAAAAGGUAAAGGCGUAAGGAGGAAACAGAUGUUUAGGAUUCUGAAUGGAAUGACGAUGUCCAUACUUUCAGACAAUAAUUUAAUAUUCGGUCUGUGUCUCCACCAAAUCAAAUUGCCCAUUUAUUUCGUACUCGAGUGACGCGUACCCUUAAUCAGACCAGAGGGCUUUAAAUGUCGCUAAUGAAUGAAAAGAUACAAUGACGCAAGAAGUGACAGAUCUCAUUAUAUUGAAAACAUCGUGGAACUCAGCCCCCUCCUUUCCCCUCAUAUAUAUAUACAUUUAUAUAAAUACACAGACGUACAUAUUUGUACACCCCUGGUUUCGCUAAACUUUUAACUCACACAUGUAUUUGCAAUGGGUUAAACACAGCAUGACCAUAAACAUUUAUUGAGCACCUAUUUGAUUCUAUAAAAGUGGAUUAAUGUGGGGAAGGUAGGUUUACUGCCAGGAUUCUACAUUGAUACAUUUACGACUUGGCAUUAGGAAUUUCUGGGAUUAAAAAUGUCCAAAUUAAAGUGUUCUUGUUUUGCCAGCAUCACGAAGUGACAAAAAAUAUAGAGGAAAAAUGAUAGCGAUAUAAAGAGAACUAAAGUAAUUUUACGGAAAGAAGUGAACGAUAUGUUUAAAAAAAAAAAAAAGCUUAGUAAGAGGAGGGAGAUUACUUACAUCAAUAGAGCGAUGUGGACAAUGCAAAAGAGGACAAAAACAGGGCACUUGGAAUAGGGACAAAGACAGUGGACAAUUAAAAAUAGACAUUCUACACGUAAAUAAACUGCAGGUGGACGGGGUAAAAGGAGCUUUUCCAGGACAAAAACUAAAGAUGAAUGAAAAAUAGGAGAGGUGUAACAAGAGAGCCAGCUCAGAGCAUCACCUGUAAGUGAAUGGGAAAAGAGGAAAGGGUUAAUACAGAGACCGAAGCUGAAUAGAAAGAGAGGGAAUGGGUUAAAGCACAAGGCAGACCGCUAUAUAGACUGCAAGUAAAGGCAAAGAGCAAUAAGGGUUAAUGUGUAGAGACUGCAAGUGAAUGGAAAGCUUGGAAAGGGCUAAAUAGAGAUUCACACCUGUUUAUUUGCUGCAGGCGAAUGGAAAGAGCAGAAAGGGUUAAAGCGAGAGGCAGAAAAUUAUAGAGCAGGGGCAGGCAACCUUCAGCACUCCAGAUGUUGUGCACUACAGCUCCCCUGAUGCUCAUGGCUGUUAGAGCAUUGUGGGAGAUGUAGUCCACAACAUCUGGAGUGCCGAAGGUUGCCUGCCUCUGUUAUAAUGACUGCUAGUGAAUGGAAAAAGCAGGAAGGGUUUAAUAGAGAGAUCAAUCAACAUAUGCACCACUGAUGAACGGAAAAAGUGGAAAGGGUUAAACAGACAGCACGUUAAUGAAAAUUGUGGACCAGAUUGAAGGGAGACACCUUCUGUUAGAUGGACCAGACCGCAGGUGAGAAAGUAAAAAGGGUUAAGUCAAGGUAGUAAAUAGACAGCAGGUGAAUUCAAAGUGUGGAAAGGGUUAAUGAGCUUAUUAUUGGAUAUUAUCUAGAUCACAGGAGGAUGGAAAUAGCUGAAAGGGUUAAUGGAAUUAUACUGGAUAUUUAACCCUAGUGAAAGGACAGCUGGUCAGAAUGAUGGUAGAAUCAAUGCAGCUAUGUACAGGGGAUAGGUGUUCGUUACAGUAGGGGAUACGUUUCUAGUGUAAACAGUAGCACUGGGUGGAUAUUCAGACAGCACCGUGUGUAGUUAUAGAAUCAUUUAUAGUGAAAAUGGGCAGCUCAGGGUUAAAGAUUAUUGUGUUGAAAUUUGAGCAAAUUACAGAUAAAAGAGAAUAGUAUUUUGACCCCCUCCCUUUUAAUGCAGCAGGGCAACCCCAUGGAGAGUAAGAUUGGGGGAUUCCUUUCCACCAAGAGGAGGGGGUGUAGCCUCCCACACACUGCUCCCUCUGCAGUGUCUGAUGCAGCAUCCUCAUGUAAAGCCAAGGUGGGGGAAGGGGAAAUUAGAAAAGAUGGAAAGGGUGGAGCAAGGGGGUCUCCUGUAUUGGUAUGCCAGGUUCCUAUAGAAACAGGAACAUAUUGCAGAUAGAAUAUCUUAAAAUGUAGCAUGUUCUGGACAUCGCUAAUCACGUACAGAUACUCAGCAACAAAGAAAUAUCUGUCUAUCUAUCUAUCUAUCUAUCUAUGUCUGUCUGUCUGCAGUGAUUUGCAGUGACAUACCAUAAGCAUCUGAGUGUACAUAUGUUUUGACAUAAGACCAAGAGUUAAGAGGAUUGAAGACAAUGGAAGGGGGAUGCAGAUCUAACAGGGAAUCCCAGAUUGUCAGACAGUGCUAUGUCAUUACACCAAGUCAGACAGGCAGUGUGACAUCUGCAUGUUCAUAGAUAUGUGAACAUUGUUGUUUGAAGAGUAAUAUUAUUGAACUGCAGUUUUCUUGUAUAAGAAGAAUAUAAAGAUUCACGAGCGAACAGCAGAAUUUUAAACCAGGAAGUGCACCAGGUUUGGACUGUAGGAUCUCAUACUGGGUCGUGAUAAAGAUUUGGUAGAGACUUGCUGGAAGGAAGGGGUUGAGUUGGGGGGAGACCUGCAGGAUUCCCUCAUUGGGAGUUCCUCAGUUCUCCUUUCUUUUUCCUCCUCCGUACUCCCACGCACACAGGCACAUUUUCUGUUCCUCUCACUCGCUCUCUGUCUGGGUCCCCCUCCCCUUCAAUAACCCACCCCCAGUCAAGCUCUCUAUACACAUUUCCAAGAAGAGGCAGGUCUCAACUGUAAAAAGUAUAACCCAUGAUGCUGGAAUGAUUUUAACAACAAAUAAAUACCUUUUUUUCUCUCUCUCUCUCUUUCUUCCCUGAUCCUCAUCUCCUUCUUAUCCUCUACAAUCACCAUUCCUCUCUUUUUAUUUUGUCUUUUGAUUUUUCUGUUGUUCAUACUUCCUUUGCAAAACUAUACAUUUUAUUGUCAACUCACUUCCUCUUCACUCGUUAAUUUGCUUUAUUUUGUUUCAAUAUGUAUCUGCAUCAUCUAUUUUUCAUUCUCCAUCUUCCCUCUUUUUAUCAAACCAUCCAGAAAUGCUCCGUGCUCCCCCUUUCCUCCUCAUCCUUUCCCUAAACCUCCUACAUUCCAUUUUCCUUCAUGCCGUUCCUUUAGGUGAGGAGCAAAUACAUCAGAUGACACAUCAAAACUCUGCUAAUGAUCCAGUUUAUUCCUCUAAACUUGAGGUUCACCAAGAAGCACCUCUUUCUCACAAUCAACUAGAGAAGAGAGAAGAUGCGUCUGAUAUCUCUACAACUCAGGUGCAGUCUCAGUCUGCAUCAGAUGAUGGAGAUGAACUUUUUAAAGAUAUUAGCCCCAAAGCUCUUGCAGCUGUACUUCUACAAGCACUCAAUGAAGGGGGUGAAGAACAAGAUUCUUCUACACUGGAAGACAGAAAGCCCUCAGAAAAUGAAAAGCCCAUAAAAGAGGAAGGGGCAGAUGAAGAAAUGACAGAGAGCAUACGGAGCAAAACUCAAAGCCCUGAGAAUGAGGAUGUAAAGAGUGAGGAUGAGCACUUAGGAAAUGGAGAAGACAUGGAGAGUGUGAAAUCACUGUUACAGGAGUUGGAGAGUUUUGAACCACCGCCUAAAAGAGAGCAGGAACCUUCUCAGGACACCAUCUCAGAUAAUGAGGAUUUGGAGGAAUUGAGGGAACUUCUGGGACUUGAUGAAUCAAAAGAGGAGGAAAAGAGAAACUCUCAAAAACCUCUUCCACACACUCCUAGAAUGUGGGAAGAAGAUAAAGAGGGUGAAAAAUUGGCUGGGGUUGCCCAAGACCUCUUGCUACAGUAUAUUCUGAAUGGAGGAGAAAAUGAAGGAGAACAGCAAGAGGAAGAAGGAGAAGAAAAGGAAGAAGAACAGGAUGAAGAUUACCAAGGAGGGGACUUUAUUGGUGGUCAACGACCUCUCUUUGAGGAUGAAGAAGGCGAGAAUAUUCAGGACAAGAGAUCAACAGAGGAUGACAUAGAUGAAGUAGACCCCCAAACCAUCGAUAAUCUAAUUGAGUUGUCUACCCGCUUGCACCUCCCAGCUGAUGAUGUUGUUGAUAUAAUUAAUGAUGUGGAGAGGAGGAAGAGAAGGAAAAUGAAAAAGAAGAAGGCCCGAGAUUAUCUACCAAGGAGGAAGGAUAGGACAAGGACACCUCCACAAUCCUGGCCUGACACCCCUAAACCUGUCUACUACCCAAGAAGGAGACUGGAUCAACAGCCAAUGUGGAAUAAAGUAUCAGAACCUGUGUGGAAAGUACCAGACUACAACUGGAAAAAGAUGCAACAGGCAUCCUGGAAAAAAGUUUAUGAGCCAUCCUGGAAUAGGGCAAAAUCACCAUCCUGGAAAAAGGUUCCACAGCAAAGUUGGAAUAACCUUCCGGAUUCAAACUGGAAUAAGGUUCCAGAUUCAAACUGGAAUAAGAUUUCCGAUUCAAACUGGAAUAAGGCUUCCGAUUCAAGCUGGAAUAAGGCUUCCGAUUCAAAUUGGAAUAAGGUUCCAGAUUCAAACUGGAAUAAGGGUUCCGAUUCAAACUGGAAUAAGGUUUCCAAUUCAAACUUGAAUAAGGUUUCCGAUUCAAACUGGAAUAAGGUUCCAGAUUCAAACUGGAAUAAGGUUCCAGAUUCAAACUGGAAUAAGGUUUCAGAUUCAAACUGGAAUAAGGUUUCAGAUUCAAACUGGAAUAAAGUUCCAGAUUCAAAAUGGAAUAAAGUCCAAGAAUCAAAGUGGAAUAAGAUGCAAGAGCCAAGUUGGAACAAGAUGCAAGAUUCAGAUUGGAAUAGUAUUAUGAAUCCAGUCCCUCGCCGUUAUCGCACCCGUCCCUCCUCAUUCAACAACUAUAUUCGUCCAAGGGCCUUCCAAUAUCCUCCACGAUAUUACUACAAACCCCCUAUUCCACGGAGGGAUGACUACUACGAUGAUGACCAAGACAAGCAAGAGGAGAUGGAGAACUAUAUUGAAAGGAUCCUACUGACUCACCCUGAGGUCUUCCAGUGAUAAAAAGCCCCAAUCCUGAAGCCCAUCUAUUCUGUUUAACAACUUGUCCCAGUUAAAGAAUCCUAUGCCAUUCAACACAAACCAACUGAAAAAAUGAGCAUCUUAAUUUAUUUAAAAUCAGUUGAACAUUCAUCCAAGUAGUAGUGAGCUCAACUGACCAAGCACAGACUGUGUAUAUAAAUAUAUACACAUAUCAAUGUAAAGUUGUGUAUGCGAGUACCUGAAAGUAUCGGUGUUUCAACCAGACAUUGCAAUUAUCAAUAAUACCACCCUGGUCUAGAAUUAGAAUCAUUAAAAAAGUGAAAUUUGAACAUCAAACUUCCCAGAUUACAUAAUGUGCAAAACUCAAGGAACCAACCUAACUCAAACUAAUAAUAUGGUUCAAUUAUGCAAUUCUAGUUUUGGUCCUUAUCCGGGUUAUUUAAGAACACAUUAAUUUUGGGGGAUAGGGGAUAUAUCACUUGGAAGCCUUAUGUUGUAUUGAUAAACAACUUCCCAUGAAUUACAAGAGCUUAAUAUUCUGUCUAUGUGAUGUGUUAAUAUAUUUUAAGAUGGUUCUGAUAUUUAAAAAAAUAUUUCAGAAAGCACAAUUCAUAUAUUUAAAAAUGAGUCCCAAAUCUGUCACAGUUGUAAAGAAAUAUAAAGUUAUUUAAAAAAAAAUGACUACAAAUUGUCUGUAAAAAAAAGGGUUUGGUACAUGGCUUAAAUCAUGGCCCUUUCUCUACAAAAAAAAACAACUUUUAGUAAUUGACAUGCAGAUGUGGUUAUUAUUCAAUAUAUCUAAAAGUCUGGUGAACCAUUUUAGAAUCAUUUACACAAUAUGUAGACAGAUUUUUUAUUCUGCCGAAUAAAAUAAAUUUUUGUCAGGUAAUUCAACUAAUUUAAUGGACUUACUGAAGGAAUUGUACUACGGUAUUGUAAGUUGGUUUCAGUGACAUAAAAGGACCUUCGUAUGUUGACUCCAUGGAGUAAGUAGUAGAAAUUAGACGCUAUAACUUGUUCCGGAUCAAUUCAUCUUCUGAACUGUGAAGCUCCAAAGCUCAAAGUCUUCUCUAAAACCAAAAUCCACACCCAUAGUACUCUAAAAGGAAAAAGCAAAGAAACAUUUAAGACAAUUGCACUAAAGACAAUUGGGUUGAUAUCUGAGGAGAUUUGUCCAUGGUCCUGACCACCCACAACCCUACAGCCUGGAGUACAUUAGCUACAAUUUUGAAAGCUUUGGAUCCCAGCAGAGGGUUUAAUAUAAAUGAUGUCCAAUAGGUUGAGAGAUAAGGACAUUAUUUUUAUGCCUUUCCUUUCUCAAUUUGAGCACAAUAUUUUUUAGUCCCCCAUGUCCUCCCCCAAUCAAUAAAAAUGAGAAAAAAUGGAAAUAAAUUUGUUAUAGUAGUGUCUCUGCAUUUGAGGUACAUUGCCUCUGCUGCCCCUCAGUUCAUGCCUGAGUACCCUAUAUCAAUGGGCUUGCAUGUUGUAUCCUCUCUAGUGUCUUGGUUGCUGUAGACCUUGUGUAAUUAUGUCAGUGUUACAUUGCUAAUAAAGAGCUUUCUCUUCUCUCAUGUUUGUACAUACCACAUGAAUACUUUUGCUAACAAAAUAAAGCUGACUAUUUUAUUA